UGAUAAUAAUGAUCAAGAUGGCUACUACAGAAUCCUCCUUGCGGUAGCUAACCUCCAAUUUCAUGGAAGCCCGCAAAACUGUUCUUUCGCGCCGUUUAAGUCCCUCGUAGGGGACGGGGCUCUGUCGGGGACAACACUUUAUGGAUUAACACGCGCAGGGAGGAGAUAAAAGUCAUUGUGUUGCUCGCCACACACAUUCGGAAGAAGCUAGCUAGAAGAGCGGCUAGCUAGCUCCAACGUUACUCGUCCACCAUCUCCAGGUCUGAGCCUUCCAGCCAGCGGGCGGCCUCAGAGGAGCGCGGCGUGCUCCCCGACCGUCGGACCGACAGCGUCAGAUGGCAGAGCCGAGGAAGGUGCCGUUCGUCACCAUCUCGUCCUUCAGUACCUCGCCGCCGGACUCGGAGUCCAGCAAGAAACGCCGGCGCGAAGACGAAGCCGUCGAGAUCACUUUCGGGAAAGAUGGAGAUGGAGGCGGCGACGCCGCGGCGGUGGUGUCGGGAGGUGUCGGAGGUCCGUUCGGUAACGUGAACGCGAAGGGGGGCGACGCCGAGGCCGCGGAGGUGAAACCCACCGUCCGCCUCCACCUCCCGCUGUCCGAGCCGAGUGACUGCGGGUCCUCCGAGUUCAACUACGGCGAGCUGGUCAACACAACUCUCACUCAGGUAAAACAUGCAGGUUCAACAGUGCCCAAAGGACUCAGUCCCCCCCUGGACCCCAACGACCCCUUUGCUGACGAUGACCGGGAGAGACGGGAGGUGGAAGCCAUGGCCAAGAAAUUUGAGAACAAAUAUGGGGGCGUCCCGAAGAAGAAGAAAAAAGACAGAAUGCAGGAUCUCAUAGACAUUGGCUACGGCUACGACGACACGGACCCUUUCAUAGACAAUUCAGAGGCUUAUGACGAGCUGGUUCCUGCCUCGCUCACCACCAAACACGGAGGCUUCUACAUCAACACGGGAACUCUGCAGUUCAGAGCCGCGUCCGACUCCGAGGGCGAAAACGCAGGCGCCGAGGACAAUCGAUUCAAGCAGAAGACGAAAGACGGCGAGGAGCGUGUGAUAAAGAAACGGCGGAAAAAGCAAGAUGGUGGGAUUCUGGAGGAAAAGAAACCCAGGAAGAUCAAAGUACCAAAGGCCGGCGGUGCGUCGCUUAAUGUUCACCGGCCGGAGAAGAAAAAGAGGAAGAAGCUGAUGAAGGACUCCAUUCACCUGGCCAACAUGCUGCGCCGCUUCACCAGGGAGAAGGAGGAGAUGCGCAAGAGGAACACAGUUGCUGUCGGUCUUCCGCGUCCCGCCGUCGCCAAGGUGCCCAACGCCACCUCCGCACUCCUUAACGCCCAGUCCAAGGCGGCUGGGGGCAGCGAGUGCAACAUCACCGACCUGACCGCCGACCCGGCCGUGAUGUCGCUGCUGGGCACGGCCAACAACGACAUACUGCAGGACAUGAUGGGCGACCUGGACUUCGGCAUGCUGGACUCCCCUCAGCCCUCCAGCCCCCUGCAGGGAGAGAACGGCGCCUUCGGGAUGGGGCAGAAAGCCGGGGGCGGGCGAGUGUCUCAGGGCAACUUGAUGGCCCCUCCCCCUCUGCCCAACGGACUCCCGGCUCCGCUCAGCAAGCGCAUCGAAGACCUGAGAGCGGCGUCCCGUCUGUUUGACGCGGAGGGCAGGAAGAAGUUCUUUACACUGGACAUGAACAACAUCCUCCUGGACAUUGAGUUGCAGGUUCAGGAGCAGCCGGUGGAGGUGCGCGCCGUCGUCUACUCCCACCUGGAGGCGUUUGUGCCCUGCAAUAAAGAAGCGCUGCUCAAACGCCUCAAGAAGCUCAGCCUCAACAUACAGGACGACCGCCUCAAAAUGCCUCUGUUGAAGCUGAAGCUGGCGGUGUGCAGCAUGAUGCCGGAGCAGAUCGCCCGCUACAACAUGGACUGCAUCGCCAAGGUGGCAAAGCAGCAGUCGGGAGAGGGAGAGAAGAAUGGGUCGGAGGAUGAUGACGAGGAGAAGCCGGGGAAGAGGGUGAUGGGCCCUCGGAAGAAGUUUGUGUGGGACGAAAAACUCAGGCUACUACUAUGCAAUCUAGUGCGGGUGAAGCUGGGAUGCUACAAGCUGGAGGGCAAGAGCUCGCCCUCUCUGGAGGACUACCUCAAAGCCUUCAUGGAGACCGAAGUCAAACUUCUGUGGCCUAAAGGGUGGAUGCAGGCCAGGAUGCUGUUCAAAGAGAGCAUCAUGGCUCACGGUCACCUCACUGGCUACACAGCAAAGAAAAGGAUGGUCACUACUCCCAAGGCCAAGCCAAAGGAGGCCGUGUGGGUCCAGCGGGCUACGCCCUCAGCGGGCACCACUCCCUCCUCCGGCGCCCAGGUUGCCAAGCGACCGUCGCCGUCCGAGCCCAUAUGUAUCGACUCCCUGGACGAGGAUCUGGCGCCACCGUCCCUGGACUCCAUCUCCCAGGCCCUGGCCAUCCUCGGCAAUGCGGCCAAGGGCUUGGCCCACGGCGACAACCCCCCCUCCCCCGACAGACCCAAGGCCGCCGUCAAGCCCACCCCACACCUCGUCUCGCCGCUCAUCCAGCAGCAGCAACAGAAGACCUCCAUCAGCACCACCGGAUCCAACGCACCUCACUACAUCUCUACCUCUUCGUCCAUCUCCACCUCUCUGUCCCGGCCCCUCUCUGUCACCUCGGCGCCGCUGCCCCCGGUGCGGACAGACGCAAUGGGGGUCGUCAAGGGCACGGCGCAGGCGCACAGGCUCUCACUGUUGAACACUCAGAGGACAUUGGCUGUGGGCGUGGCCAAAACCAACAUGCCGGCCUCGGCGGGAUCGCCCAAACCGCGUCCGCCGCCCACGGCGUCCCCACUUGUGGCGCCGGGAUCAAAGGCCGGGACCCCCACUUCAGGAAUCUUCAAAGGCAGCAAUAAUAAAGCCAAUAGCGGCAACACUCAUAUCAUCGCGUCGCCUCAGCCUCGGCCGCACACCCUCAUGUCGUCCUCGCACAUGCUCCCCAAAACCUUCCAGGCCCCUCGCCUGCCCCAUAGUGCGCUGAGCAAAUCCUCCCCAUCCCUCACUCAGACUCUCUCAGGGGUUCAGACCCGGCCGCAGUCCAACUUUAUCACCCCUAUGCACGCCACCCUCACCAAGUCGACCCACAGCAGCAUCCCGCCGAUCGUCAAACUCACGCCGCGCACCCUCAACUUGUCCGCGGCCACCACCGUCUCAGCCUCGCCCUCCAUCUCCGGAGCCGGAAGGUCUCAGGCAAACCCCCCAAUACACCAGUACUCUCCCAAAAGCGCGGCCGGAUUCCGCGCGGCGUUCUCGGGUGCCCAAGGAGGAGUGACCAAGCAGGGCCAAGUUAGCUACACUCCUGCAGGCAGCCAGAAGACGCCCAACAUCAGCAGCACCAACGCCAGCCUUAUUAACACCACAAGCAAGCAUUCGGGACCCAGUGCCUCCCCCACAAUAGUCUCUGCCAACCAGGGCCAGCGUCAGAGGAUGGGGGGCGGGACACCUCAGGGGGCCAAGACGGUCGCAUCUGUCCCAUCGUCCUCUGGCUCUUCUCAGUUGCCACAGGUCUCCUCCUCCUCCUCGGUGGCAGGCGGCGGCCUGCUGGGCUCGGCCUCCUCGCUCCCCCUGGGGUUCGGGAUGCUUGGGGGCCUGGUGCCCGUGUCCCUGCCCUUCCAGUUCCCCCAACUGUUAAACCUGCCCCCCCUGGGCACGGCGGGCUCCAGCACGACAGCCGGCGGCUCGGCGGCCAGUAGUAACGCGUUGUUCUCCACCCUGACUCAGAAUCUGUAUAAGAGUCUCCAGGCAGGGUCUCAGGUUGCUCUGCCUCCUCACUUGCAGCUCGCUUUCUCAGAUGUCAGUCAAAGCCAAGGAGGAGAUGCUAAGAGGAAGACUCUAUAAUAGCCCUGGACUUCAAGGUGGCUUUGGGGGACGCUGUCUAAUAAAAUGACCAUGUGACGUGUUGGGACUGAGUGACUUUUGGUGACAGAUGGACAGGUCUGAAAUGAGGACUCUGUUACACUUAAGACAUUUGAUCUGAAGAGAUCGACUUUUCACGAACACCAGUUUAUAACUUUUAAAAAUUGAUUUUGCUAACUUUGAAAUACUAUUCACAGAAAUUUUCAAUGAAACAACAAAAUAAGGUUGGCAAUGUUUACAAAAUAGACCUAUAUCACUGUGGACAGGGAGGAGGGAUGUGUAGGAUUUUUAGCUGUGUGAGUGGUAGGUGGGAUUGAAAGUGUGCCUUCUGUAUGUCUCCCUCUCUGAUGCAUGGUCAGUUUGUCAUUUUGGUGCUUUUUUUAUCAUGUAAUUAUCACUGAUACCUGUAAGAAAUGUAAACUGCAAAUAGAAUGAGCUUUUGUUUUUUCCUCAAUGAGCUGUACACUUUUUUCAUUGUACAUUGUCUAUAGAACUCAAGCCUACUUUUAAUUAAAAUCUUUCCCUUGGAAAAAAAAAGCCAUUUGAGGUUGUACUCAUGUCUCACAUUG